AAAGCUCUCCUCAAAAAAGUAAAGUUUAACUUAGACUUUACUCUGGCUAAAUCAACACUGAUCUCUCUCUCUCUCUCUCUCUAUCAUGUUAACCAAACAUCUUGCAUAAGUUUUGGACACAUUAAGCAUGAAGGCUCUUCUAAUAUGGGCUGUUUUGCUGAACUUUUACAAGCUCCCGAAGACAGGUGACUGCGCUUCAACACAUGACCAAGUUCUCUCAAUCCAAGUCACAACACAUCAACAAGCAGAUAUUGUGAGGAACAUAUCUAGCCAAUAUGAGACAGUUUUGUGGUCACCUACUUCACCUGAGUACAUCGGAGCACACACUGAGGUGCACCUGUUUGUUCCCGCCAACAAAUUGGGGACUGUCACAGACCUGCUGCAGACACACCACCUAACACACCAAGUGCUACUGGACAACACAGCAGAACUGAUCGAGAUGCAGACCAGGAAUGAAUCGUCGGACCCUAGAAGCAGUGCAUCUUAUUAUGAGAGAUACCAUUCUCUGGAGGACAUCUACUAUUGGAUCAACAAGACUGCCCAGGACUACCCAGACAUGGUCAAAGUCACCCUGAUUGGCUCAUCAUAUGAAAAACGCCCACUUUACGUUCUCAAGUUGUCUGGACAACAAGAGAGAGCUGAAAAGAGAGCAAUAUGGAUUGACUGUGGCAUUCAUGCUAGAGAGUGGAUCUCCCCAGCUUUCUGCCUGUGGUUUGUGCAAUAUUCCUUGAACUUCUAUAAUCUAAACAAUGACAUCACUGAGAUGCUGAACAGUAUGGACAUCUAUGUGCUGCCUGUCAUGAACCCGGAUGGAUACAAGUACACAUGGACAACGAACCGAAUGUGGAGAAAGAAUCGUUCCUUGAGCAAGGAUAGCAACUGUGUUGGAACCGACCUCAAUAGAAACUUUGACGCAAACUGGUGCACAAAGGGAGCCUCCAACAGGCCCUGUGAUGAGAUAUACUGCGGCAAGUUCCCAGAGUCUGAGCCUGAGGCAGAAGCCGUGGCUAACUUCUUGCGCAGCCACAAAGACUCUGUAAAGCUCUAUCUCUCCAUCCAUUCCUAUGGUCAGAUGCUGCUCUUCCCAUACUCCUGCUCCAAUGAGGAGGUGCCUAACCACGCCGAGUUGUUUGAGCUUGUACAGGAGGCAGCCAUGAAAGUCAAAAGAUACUACAGGAACAACUACAAAUACGGCGCAUCAGCAAAAACAAUAUACUUAGCCCCUGGAGGUUCUGACGACUGGGCCUACAACCUGGGCAUCCACUACUCCUUCACCUUUGAGCUGGAGGACCGUGGUCGAUAUGGUUUCCUCCUACCGCCAUCAUUAAUCUCCAAGGCCUGCAAUGAAGCCCUCCUCGCUCUUAAGAGUAUCGCUCUCAGAGUCAUUCAGAAAACACAAUCCCAACCCUAACACAGAACCCAAACCGGCUGCGCGUGUGCGCCAUCGUGCAUAAAUGUAUUUUGUCCCCCCACACCAAACGCUAUCACGACACACAGGUUAAAAUAUCAAAACAAACUCUGAACCAUUGAUAUUAAUUUGGGAACAGGUCGAAAGCAUUAAACAUGUAUGGCAAUUUAGCUAGCUAGCUUGCACUUGCUAGUUAAUUUGUCCUAUUUAGCUAGCUUGCUGUUGCUAGCUAAUUUGUCCUAGGAUAAACAUUGAGUUGUUAUUUUACCUGAAAUGCACAAGGUCCUCUACUCCGCCAAUUAAUCCACACAUAAAACGGUCAACCGAAUCAUUUCUAGUCAUUUCUACACCUUCCAGGCCUUUUCUUCUCUUGACUUUAUAAUGCGAUUGGCAACUUUCAUAAAUUAGGUGCAUUACCGCCACUGACCUCGUUCGUCUUUCAGUCAUCCACGUGGGUAUCACCAAUGAGGAGAUGGCACGUGGGUACCUGCUUCUAUAAACCAAUGAGGAGAUGGGAGAGGCAGGACUUGCAGCGCGAUCUGCGUCAGAAAUAGAACUCACUUCUAUUUUAGCCCUUGGCAACGCAGACGCUCGUUGGCGCGCGCGAGCAGUGUGUGUGCAAUAAUUGAAUAACAUGGAUUUCUACAUUUAUUUUGCAACGCUCACGCACGCAACGAGAGCGGUGUAGUCAGCCUGCAAACCUUUAUCCCCCUGAGAAGUUGGCUGUGUAAACCUGAGCAGUUUCAUGUCUGAUUUUGUCCAAAGUAAUCCCUUUUAUCAAAGUAUGUUUUGUGUGCGUGUCUGUCAAACAUGAUUGUAAAUUGUAUCAUCAUUUUUUGUUUUUAAGGAGUAAGGCAGUCCCAAUCAUGACAUAAUUAGUUGUUUGUUGGAGGGGAGGAAAGACGGGGGAGAGAGUGCUGAAAUAGCAAUGGGUCUGAUGCGAACCCAUGCAGCUGCUAGUGGUGUUCCAUGGGCAGCGUCUUAGACCGCUAGGCCAGCCUAGUGUCACCUUAGCACAGCAUUCAUGUUUUUGUAGUAAGAAAUCAUAGACACUAAUGAAAUCUUUGUUUUAUUCCAACUGUAUAUCCUCCUACAGCUUUGAAGCUUAAAACUAUAAUUGUGUUGACAGUUCUCUGUGUGUAGGCUUCUAAUGGUGUAACAAGAUGAAUAUUCCAACAGAAAACAAUAAUAAAAUUAGAUAUUUAAAUGUU